CUGAUUGUUUCCCCCCCCCCCCCAUCGUCUUUCAGAAAGUGCGAGGAGCUACUGUAGGUUGCAUCUCCAGGAGAGUGGUGAUUUAAGUCAGCCAUGUCAGAUGGAAAUAAAAAAUCUAAGAUCUCCUCCUCCAGAAGGCUGGGGUUAAAAAUCAGGCUGCUGGCAGUUGCCACUCAGAUGCUGCAGGAGGAAAAAGAGCAGAAGGCGAGGGAGAGAGAAGCUGUGCUGGCGGAGAGACUUCCUCCACUGAAUCUGUCUGGUCUGUCUUUACAGGAGCUGCAGGACCUCUGCAAAGAAUUGCACCACAAGAUCGAUGUUGUAGAUGAGGAGCGGUACGACGUCGGCCUGAAGGUUUCCAAAAAUGACACUGAGAUUGAAAACAUGAAAAUCAAGAUUACUGAGAUCCAGAGUAAGUUCAAGAAGCCUCACCUGAAGAGAGUGAAGAUCUCGGCAGAAGCGAUGCUGAGUGUCCUGCUGGGCUCCAAACACAAGGAGUCCUUUGACUUCAAGGCCAACCUCAAAACCGUCAAGAAGGAAGAAGAAAAGAAAGAAGAGGUUACUGACUGGCGUAAGAAUGUGGAGGCCAUGUCUGGGAUGGAGGGCAGGAAAAAGCUCUUUGAUGCUUCUGGCAACUAAAGAAAAAAAAAGAAAGUCUUUGCUUUCUGUGUUGUGAUUUUUUUUUUAAAUUAGGUAACAGGUACCACUUUUUUCCUCCAAAAAAAAAAAAAAAAAAAGAUUGAAAAAGCAGGAUCUAAUCUGCACAUCAUCAUGCAAACAGACUCACGCUUGUGGAAAAUAUUGCAGCAGAAGGAUCCCUUUACCUCCAGCAGGUGGCAGCAAAGCUCUUUACAGCGUGAGCGCCUGUAGACACUUUUGGACAUGUAAUAAAGCAGUCUUGUUUUAUCUGUA